AUGUUUAACAAAUCCUUUGGAACUCCAUUUGGAGGCAGCACUGGCUUUGGGACAACUUCAACUUUUGGACAAAAUGCUGGCUUUGGUACUACGAGCGGAGGAGCGUUUGGAACGUCGGCCUUUGGGUCGAACAAUAAUACUGGCGGCCUCUUCGGGAGCACGCAGGCAAAACCAGGAGGAUUAUUUGGUUCGACUACAUUUAAUCAGCCAGCCACCUCCUCCACAAGCACCGGCUUUGGAUUUGGAACGUCGACUGGGACGUCAAAUAGCCUGUUUGGAACGACCAGCACUGGCGGGGGCCUCUUCUCCUCCCAGAACAAUGCCUUUGCUCAGAACAAGCCAGCUGGGUUCGGAAACUUUGGAACCAGUACCAGCAGCGGAGGUCUCUUUGGAACCACCAACACCACUUCCAAUCCUUUUGGGAGCACAUCUGGCUCUCUCUUUGGCCCAACUAGUUUUACCGCUGCUCCAACUGGCACGACUAUUAAGUUUAAUCCACCAACCGGGACAGAUACUAUGGUAAAAUCUGGCGUUAGCACCAACAUCAACACCAAGCACCAAUGUAUUACUGCGAUGAAAGAGUACGAAAGCAAAUCUCUUGAGGAACUCCGUUUGGAAGACUACCAGGCAAACAGGAAAGGCCCCUCGAAUCCCGUCGGAGCGGGAGGAGCUGCAGGCCUGUUUGGGUCUUCCACGGCUACGUCAAGUACUGCUACAGGACUUUUUGGCUCUUCUACUACUAACACAGGCUUUUCAUAUGGACAGAAUAAAACUGCUUUUGGAACCAGUACGACUGGCUUUGGAACAGGAACCACAGGGGGUCUUUUUGGUCAGCAGUCUCAAACUACGAGUCUGUUUAACAAACCCUUUGGUCAAGCCACGACGCAGAACACGGGCUUUUCCUUUAGCAAUACCAACACUCUGGGGCAGCCGAACACGAACACGAUGGGUCUGUUUGGGGUCACCCAGCCCUCCCAGUCUUCAGGCCUCUUCGGAACAGCUGCCAAUACGAAUGCUGGGACUGGAUUUGGAACCGGAACUGGUCUUUUUGGACAAACUAACACAGGAUUUGGUGUUGGUGGUUCGACGCUGUUCGGUAACAAGCCUGCUGGAUUUGGAACCACCACCACCAGUGCUCCCUCCUUCGGUACCACCACCGGCAGCGGGCUCUUUGGUUUUGGUGCCAACCCUGCUGGAAAUAGUUUGUUUGGAAAUAAGCCAGCAACUGGGACACUGGGAACUGGCCUUGGAACGGGAUUUGGAACAGCUCUUGGGGCAGGACAGACGUCUUUGUUUGGAAACACCCAGCCUAAGCUUGGCACGCUGGGAACGGGAGCCUUCGGAGCGCCGGGAUUCAACACGUCGACAGCUACUCUGGGCUUUGGAGCCCCGCAGCCUGCUGUGGCCCUGACAGACCCACACGCAUCAGCUGCCCAGCAAGCGGUGCUUCAGCAGCACCUCAAUAGCUUGACUUACUCACCCUUCGGAGAUUCUCCUCUCUUCAGAAACCCCAUGUCAGACCCAAAGAAGAAAGAAGAGAGGCUGAAACCAACCAACCCAGCGGCUCAGAAGGCUUUAACGACACCCACCCACUACAAACUGACGCCACGUCCAGCGACCAGAGUGCGACCAAAGGCUUUGCAGUCAGCUGGCUCUGCAAAAUCUCAUCUUUUUGAUGGUCUGGAUGAUGAUGAGCCGGCCCUGUCCAAUGGUGCAUUCAUGCCAAAGAAGAGCAUCAAAAAGUUGGUUUUGAAGAAUCUCAACAGUAGCAAUCUGUUCUCUCCUGUCAAUCGUGAAAAUGAAGACCUGGCUUCUCCGUCGGAGUAUCCCGAGAAUGGAGAUCGGUUCUUUGUGCCGGUACCUCCCGAUGAAAACCACAGACAGGAUGGUGAGCGCGAGGAGGAGGAGGAUCACCACGAAGUGACCAGAUUUUACACGAACCCCAUCGCCAAGCCCAUUCCCCAGACCCCGGAGGGCACUGGGCACAAACAUCAGAACAACAUGGACAACACCAUCGUGGCUCUGAACAUGCGGGCGGCCCUGCGGAACGGGCUGGAAGGCAGCAGCGAAGACGCCUCGUUCCAUGACGAUUCCCUGCAGGACGAGCGUGAAGAGGAGCCUGAAACCGUGUACCACGUGCACCCUGCAGGAAUUGUUCUGACAAGAGUUGGCUACUACACCAUCCCGUCCAUGGAGGAGCUGGCUCGGUUGACUAAUGACAGGACCGAGUGUGUCGUGACAGACUUCACCAUCGGCCGCAAAGGUUACGGAUCAAUUUACUUUGAAGGAGAAGUAAAUCUAACUAACUUAAAUCUGGAUGACAUUGUACACAUCCGGAGAAAGGAAGUCAUUGUUUACCCUGACGAUGAGAGAAAGCCACCAAUUGGGGAAGGUUUGAAUAGACGAGCUGAAGUUACCUUAGAUGGGGUCUGGCCUACGGAUAAAACAUCUCGUUGCCUGAUAAAAAGCCCCGAGCGACUGGCAGAGAUGAACUACGAAGGCAGACUGGAGGCUGUGUCGCGGAAGCAGGGCGCUCAGUUCAAGGAAUACCGCCCGGAGACAGGAUCCUGGGUGUUUAAGGUGGCACACUUUUCCAAGUACGGCUUGCAAGAUUCAGAUGAGGAAGAGGAAGAGCAUCCUUCCAAAGUGGACACAAAGAAGUUAAAAACCGCACCCGUGCUUCCCCCGGGGCAUCUGCCACCCCAGCAGAUGGCCCUGAACGGCAAGCCAACACCUCCAGCUCAGAGCCCCGAGGCGGAGCAGCUGGGCCGGGUGGCGGAGCUGGACAGCGACAUGGCAGACAUCACGCAGGAGCCUCUGCAUGAGCCGCUUCUGGAGAAUAACCUGAUGGAGGAGCCCGAGGUGGUCCCCGCUUCGACGCACAUCGCAUCGACCCUGGGCAUUAACCCCCACGUCUUGCAGAUCAUGAAAGCUUCCUUGCUUGCUGAUGAAGAUGACCUAGAGUUGAUCCUGGAUCAUCAUCCUGGGAAGCAACCCAUAAAAAUGGACGCUUCUCAAGAGAUCUGUUCCCCGAGGCUCCCCAUCUCAAAAUCCCAAGGACAGAAAAGAUACUCAGCUGGUGGGCUCCUGCAGUCCAAAUUUGCUAGCGUGAUGUUCCAGUCCCCGAGCGCUGCUCUGCAAGACUCGAAGGGAGCGAGGACUUUGAGCAGUCCCCUGUCUGUGGCCCUUUGGUCGGCGACUUCUCCGUUGGCGGCUGCGUUCUCCGUACCUCCGACAGUCCCCGAGGUACCGAUGAAAGCAGUUGGUGUGCGGCGGCAGCAGGGGCUUGUACCUCUGGAAAAAUCCAUCGCCUACGGCAAAGGGAAGCUGCUGAUGGACAUGGCCCUCUUCAUGGGGCGCUCCUUUCGCGUUGGGUGGGGACCCAACUGGACGCUGGCCAACUGUGGAGAUCAGUUGAGUGGAUCCCGUGAAGUGGAAGAUCUUCAGAGCGCAUCUCUGGAAUACGGAUUCCUGACAACUUCUGUUGCUCCAAAAUUACUCUCAGAAUCCUCUUUCAAGGUUCAUGUGGAGAAGCUGAGCUUGGAACAACGGAAGAGAGACAGAGACAAACAGCUGUAUCUCGUCCCUCUGGAGAUAAAGCUGAAGCACAGCACUGUCCACAUGGAUGAGCGCUGUCCUCUCCUAGCCCCCAACCCCGGAGUCUCCGCUAUUCACGACUACGCGGACUGGGUUCGGCAGGCAGCCGAGGAUCCUGCUGUCACGGAAACUGUGGUGAAGCACUGGUGCCUGACGUGGACUCUGUGUGAAGCCAUCUGGGGGAACCUGAAGGAGUUAGAGGCCAGCUUGGAGGAACCCAGCGAAUACACCCUGGCCCUGGAGCGCAGGAAAGCCUUCUCGCGCUGGCUGUCGGAGACGGCUGCGGGACGAAUCGAGGAGGAAGUCUCGUUGUCCCGCCACGGCAAUCGCAUCGAGGCUGUGUUCAGCUGCCUCACGGGGAAGAGGAUCGGUGAAGCUUGCAGGCUGGCCCAGCAGUCGGGCGACCACCGGCUGGCUCUGCUGCUCUCCCAGCUGGCCGGCAGCCAGCCCGUGCGCGAUCUCCUCACCAUGCAGCUGGUGGACUGGCACCGGCUGCAGGCGGACGGCUUCAUCCAGGAGGAGAGGCUGCGCAUCUUCGCCCUGCUCGCAGGAAAGCCGGUGUGGCAGUUAUCAGAGAGAACAAGCAUCAACGUGUGCUCGCUGCUGGACUGGAAGCGCUGCGUGGCUGUGCACCUCUGGUACCUGCUGCCGCCAACAGCUUCCAUUCCCAGGGCACUCGCCAUGUACGAAUCGGCGUUUCAGAACACACCAGAGUGUGAAAAGUACGCCUGCUGUCCUCUGCCUCCCUACCUGGAAGACUCUGGUUGUGUUGUUGAAGAAGAUGAUAAUGCAGGAAGACCUCUGAGAGAUGUCUGCUUCCAUUUGUUAAAGCUCUACAGCGACAGACACUAUGACCUUGACCAGCUGCUCGAUCCCCGGAGCAUCACGUCCGACCCUCUGGACUUUCGCCUCAGCUGGCACCUGUGGGAAGUGCUCCGAGCCCUGAACUACACCCACCUCUUCCAGCAGAGCCAGGGCGUGCUGAACGCCAGCUACGCCGCCCAGCUGGAGAGCGAAGGCCUGUGGGAAUGGGCUGUUUUUAUCCUGCUGCACGAGCCUGAUAUGCACACCCGGGAGAAAGCCGUGCGCGAGCUCCUCAGUCGCCAUUGCGUUCUCUCCGAGACGCCCGAGUCCUGGGCCAAGGAGAAUUUUCUGACGCAGAGGCUCUGCGUCCCCCCGGAGUGGAUUCACGAAGCGAAGGCGGUUCGAGCCCGGAUGGAGGGCGACAGGCACAAAGAAGCCCUCUUCUUGGUCAAGGCGGGGCACUGGAACCAGUGUCACAAGCUGGUUGUCAGGCACUUAGCCUCAGACGCUAUUAUUAAUGAAAACUACAAGUACCUGAAGGGAUUCCUGGAAGAUCUCGCUCCUCCUGACCGCAGCGCGCUCAUCCAGGAAUGGGAGGUGGCGGGGCUGGUCUACCUGGAUUACAUCCGUGUCAUCGAGAUGCUGGACAGGAUUCAACAGCUGGAUUGUUCCUCCUACGAGCUGGAGCGGUUACACACCAAAGUGACGUCGCUGUGCAACAGGAUAGAGCAGCUCCGGUGCCACAGCGCGAAGGACCGCCUGGCUCAGUCAG